UUCAAUCCUUCUUGUUCCUUCUUUCCUAACGUCUACUUUGCACACUCAUCUAUCUUAUACACAUCAAUCAAUCGAAACAUGUCUGACUUUAGUCUUCGACGCCUCGCGGAAUGGGAUCCGCAAAGCAAGACUAUUCUAGGCUGGCCCGGCCCAGAGGGUACUUAUAAAGAGUAUCCUGAAAGACUGGCGAGGGCAACUCAAGAAGUGUCAUCAAUUGCACAAGCCAUUGCCCACUUCCAAAGCGUCAUUCUAGCUGUUGGCAGUGAGCGUUAUGAAGAAGCAGAGUUGUAUUUCAACGAGAUUGACACGCCUUUCGAAAUUAAGCUUCACAAGAUUGAAGGCGAUAGCAUGGACGUCUGGCUGAGGGACUUUGCCCCUACAUUUGUUGUCGAAGAGCCGACCAAGGGGGAGGCCAGUAUCGUCGGUGUUGACUGGAACUUUAAUGGCUGGGGCAAUAAACAUCCCACACCUACAACUGUUGUGUUCGCCAAAACAUUCCUGAAAGACUUCAAAAUCGAGCGAAUUGAGACAUCCAUCGUUACUGAAGGUGGAUCACUUGAGACUGAUGGUGAAGGUACUCUCCUGAUUACGGAAAGUUCCAUCAUCAAUGAUAACAGAAACCCGGGAAAGUCUCGCGAACAAAUUGAGGCUGAGCUCAAACACUGCCUAGGCAUCGAAAAGAUACUCUGGAUUCCUGAAAGGAAGGGCCUAGACUCGACGGACUGCCAUAUCGACGCUCUAGUCCGAUUUGUUCGGCCGGGCGUGCUACUCAUAAGCAAGGCCAAUGAGGUGAAGCCAACCGAAUGGACCACCGUCUACGAAGAGGCUCUUGAGAUUCUCAGCAGCGCUACUGAUGCAAAAGGUCGUCCAUUUGAGAUUAUUGAAGUGGAAGAACCUGAUGAAGACUUGUUUGAGGGCGGCGGCUUUGAGGAUGACCGGGCCGUGAGGAGCUACGUCAACUAUCUGUUGGUCAAUGGAGGAAUCAUCCUUCCUCAAUUCGGUGAUCCGGCUCAUGACGCGGCGGCCAUUAGGGUAGCCCAAAUGCUUUUUGGCGACGAGAGGAGGAUUUAUCCUGUUCUGAUUGAUGAACUGCCUCGUCUUGGUGGUGGUGUUCACUGUGUUACUCAGGAAAUUCCCGUCAGUCCAUCUGCAGAGAGCGCUAUGAAUUAGGCAAAUGUAGUCUCUUUUAUGCCUAGGAGAUAGAUGAAUCGAUUACUUGAUUGUAGAAUUUAUUAUUGCCUAAGAUAACGCAGUCCUUUGUCGAGUCUCCUCUCUAAGCAAUCAAUUUUCUUAAAGCCGACUCCUGCUGACCCUCAACGUCUCCAAGGCGUGCAACCUCCUGUCCAUUUUCCACCCUUACGACUGUUGGGAGACAGUUGAUGUUGUAGGGCGCACCGCGCCACUUGUUGCUUGGGUUCCUCCACUCCUCUCGGGUACCAGCGAGAAUGAGAGUUGCCGAAGGCGCUGAGUCUCCUCCAAAAACACUCUGAAGAGCCGGGAGAGCAUUUCGGCAAUCAGGACACCAGGAAGGCUCACCAGAUGCAAAGUAGACGACGUAGUGCGUGUCGGUAGUUGAGGGCGGGGCAUCAGCAUUGAUGAUAGGCA